AUGGUGGAAGUUAAGAAGAGUCGGAGAAACUCAAAAUUUUUGUCUCCAAUCGACAAAUCAUCCCAGAGCCUAACCCGCAGCCAGUCUCGGAGCACCCUUCUCGGAUCAGCUCAAGGCUCUCGAGUGCCGAAACCCCCGACUGAGCAGAAAAUCAACCCUCGCAUCAAACCAAUUUACGAAAAUGGAAAAGAAAUUACCCCAAAGCCCCUCUUUCUCAUCGACGCUUCCAGCACACAUCCUCGGCUGCGAUUGGAGGAUGGAAAAACUGUCCCGAACUUUCAGUCGAUGAUGACUUCGAUGACUGGCACUUUUGGCGGAAAUUUGGGGGCAACAACAAGAGGAACAUCUGUGACGCUUGGGCGGUCGUUUUUGGAGAGAUCGACUAAAUCAGGAAUUGAUACGGAUUUGCUCAGGUCGGAAGCGCCCGAGGACGAGGAUGUUGCUUCUCCCUUUCAGCAAAAUCAGUCCCGAUCCGUCGCAUUUGUAGGCUUACCGGACUGA